UUGAGGUCGUCGACGGAGUCGUCCGAAUCGAUAAAAAGCCCGAGCGCCCCCCCCUCCCCCCGGUAAAGGAAGAAUCGGAAAGGUGUAAAGAAAGAAAAACCCAAAAAGACCGUCUUACGCGAAAACAGCGAAACGCCACGCGCCAAAUGUCGUCGAAGAGGAAAUCGACCGGCGACGCCGGCAAAAGGCCCGACAAGAAGGGCAAGAAGAACGGCCGGAGGAAGGACGAGCUGAGCGACUUCGAGGACGAGUUCAACUCGGACGUGGACGGCGACGUGUCCGACGUCGGCAGCCAGGACGACGAUGACCGCGACAGCGAGCUCGCAGUCGACGAUGGACUUCGAGUCCAAGGGCCAGAUCACGUUGGCCGCUUUGUCUUCUGCGGAGCUACCAAUUGGGACCUUUACAACAGGAAGUCAGUGCCCAAGGGUUGCAAGAACACCGUCGCUAAGAACCUUUACUCGCCGCACAGAUUCACCCCGCUGGACAACUUACGCAUAAGGUGUGUCGCUUCCGGGUGCAAUUCAGCGCAUUCAGUUAUCAUCACAGAAGACUUUAAAGUUUAUACUUUGGGGAGAAAUGAAAAGGGCCAACUUGGUACUGGUGAUACGGAUACAAGAUUCCAGCCGUAUUUUCUCGAAGCGAUGAAAGAUAUAAAUGUUGUCAACGCCUCGUGCGGACGCAAUCACACGCUUCUUCUCACCGACAGAGGCACGGUGUAUGCUAUGGGUGACAAUAAAAUGGGCCAAUGUGGUGUCGGAAACAAAAAUCCGACUAUCAUGAUUCCCACACGGGUACGUUACAAAGGGCCGCCUAUUGUCAAAGUUGUGUGUGGAGCUGAUUUCAGUCUCAUACUAGAUCUCAAGGGUAACAUUCAUACUUUCGGUGAUCCUGAAUAUGGACAGCUUGGCCACAACAAUAAUGGUGAAUACUUAAUCGCUGCCAACAAAAUGAUCCGAAUACCUGAGAAGGUGCCAAAACGUGUCACCCUCUUCAUCGAGAAGCAGAAAGACCAUGUGACACCGAUCGAAGUGUCGGACAUAAUAGAUGUCGCGUGCGGUACUAACCACACGGUCGUGCUCGACUCAAAACGUAGGCUCUUCUCCUGGGGCUUCGGCGGCUACGGCCGCCUCGGCCACGCAGAGACAAAAGACGAGUACAUACCCAGGCUUGUCAAGUUCUUCGAGACUCAGGGCAAGGGGGUCAAGGCUGUCUACUGCGGAUCGCAAUUCUCCGUGGCCGUGAGUGAACACAAAAUGUGCUACCUCUUCGGUAAAACAAAGAACACAGGAGAUGUAAACAUGUAUCCAAAACCGAUACAGGACCUAGCUGGAUGGAAUAUCAGGACCCUUGGAGCCGGCUUGACCAGCGUAGUCAUGGCUGCAGACAACUCUGUCAUCUCUUUCGGCGCGAGCCCUUGCUAUGGUGAACUGGGACAUGGCGAGCUUCGUAAGUCGACAUCCGUCCCAAUGGAGGUGCGCGCCCUGGAAGGUAUAUACGUCGAACAGGUCGCCAUGGGCUCGGCGCACACGCUUUUUGUCGUGCGUGACUCGUCCGAAGAGGAGAAGGAGAAGGUCGACAAGCUCCCAAUCUACACACCGUAGUCGUGCUGUGCAUAUGGCGCCUGUUUCUCGCCGUCGUGCUCCCUUCUCCCUGUAAACCCCUAUUCCUAUCUGUGUUAUCAUUUCUCAAGAAACACUGAAAGGCCUAAACUUGAAUAUUUACAAUUUAUAGAAACAAAAAACCUACCGCGAAUAUUUCAAUUUGUCCUUUGUUUUGUUUGUUCAUUUUUUUACUUUUUUUGUACAUAAUUUAUUAACAAUAAUUUAUAUAUUAUGUAAUAUUUCAACAUGAUUCCAGAUUCCUUCCUUCGCGUAGGAUCAUUUUAUUUUUUUGCUCUGCCAACAGCGUACCGAAUACGGCGCUCUUAUAUUGCUGGUAUUUUAUACAUUUGUAAUAUAAUAGUUUUGUUUUUUCUUCGCUGUUGAAAACUGGAGAUUUAUACAUCAGUCCGUCAGGUAAUUUAAAACAUUUCAUACAGCUGUGAUUCUUAACCAUUUAUGCGCGUAUUAUUUUUAUUUUUAAUAGUGAUCCAUAUUGAGAAUAAUAAAUUAAUAAAAUAGGAACAAAAGGGUCUGGUUUGUUUUUUAUAAGUAAAUUGUCACACAUGAGAGGCAGAUCAGUUAGUUCUUCGUCUAUUGCCUGUUGUUUUCUCUCUUUUAGUCUUUUAUUUUAAAUUUAAUCUCUGUUAUAAGUAUAAGGGGGAAAAACAUUGAACUUAAGGGCCUAGAGGAUAAUUAUAAUGAACAAAUCUUUUUUUAAUUAAUAUAAUUAAUAUAGGGAAUAUAAUUUAUGGUUAGGUAUGUUAAGGUUUAAUAUUUUUUCUUUCUUUUUUUUCCGGUUAUUUGUACUUUAAUAUAAUGAUGAGGAAUGUGAGCAUGUAAAGGAAAAACAUCCCCCGUAAUUAAUUGCAAGGAGGUAAAAAAAUAAGAGUUUGUUAUUCUAUAUAAGACAGAAUUUUUUUUAUAAAUAUACAUAAUUUUUUUCA